AUGCUUAGUGCCGGUACUCUCUUCCUGCACGAUAACACCAGGCCGCACACGGCUCGAUGGACAGUAAGUCUCCUGCAGGAGUUCAGCUGGGAGGUGUUUAAUCAUCAACCCUACAGUCCGGACCUCGCUCCCAGUGAUUUCCAUCUUUUCCUACAUCUCAAGAAAUUCCUAUCCGGUGAGCAUCAGCUUUUUGAGAAUGACAGAGAGGCAGAGAUGGUUGUCACAUGGUGGUUCCAAUCCCAGGCAGCAGACUUCUACAACACAACAAUAAGCAAGACUGCACAUAUAAUUUCCGGUAAACCAGAAACAUUCGAAGAUGAUCCAGAACUGUCACCAAACGACCUGACAUACUUCAAUUAUGCUCCUGUCACAUCAUGUGAUGUGGAACAAA